CAUCCUGCUGCCUAGCAGACCUCACAGACCUCACACACCUCGCCCAGUUGUGGAUCCUGGUUUGGCAGCACGUUUAAAAAGGAGCAGCAGUUCAAAUCUAAAAAAAAAAAGAUAUGAUUCACUGGAUUGCCUUGCUGAUUUCCUGCUGCUGUCUGAAUGGAGCUGCAGGAGAAAGUCCUCAACUGGAGAGAAUCAAGAGAUGUCAGACCAGGUGUUCCCAGGGACUCAGCUGCAAGACCCGUCCUGAUUAUUGGUUUCCGCCUGCGUGUAAAGACCCGGCUGAGGGCCUCAACAUCACCAGCGUGAUCCAUAACGUGAGCGUCUCCACCGUCAUGAAGUGCGAGGACAAGCAAAAGUGCAGACUCCACCUGAAAAUCCACACGGUUGUGCAACUUAUGGACUCCGUCAGCGGCGUUUCCAUUUGCACCAGCAGUGCUGGGAUGAUGACAAAAUGUCAAAUCGUGCAAUUCACCAAAGCAUCGAGGAGAUCAAUGUCUGGACUGCUGGUGACAGUUGAGAAUGAUUACACUGAAGUGUCUCCAAACCAGCACCUACAAGUAAUUGUGAAAACAGUCCCAAGUUACUGUGGCAUAACUUGGGUUAGCAACUACCGUACCCCUGUGUGUUCGCAUGAAGAUUUGAGAAAAAAUGUUCCUGAAUGCAUCACUGGCAAGCUGUCUUACACUGCAAGCCCAGAAAAGAAGGAGCUGGCAGUCAGUGUGUCGGACAUGCUUCAAGGUUACAACUACAAUCUCCGGCUCUGCCUCAAAGAUUUCAUCUGCUCCGGCACGGGAGCUUCCACUGUGAUAAAAAAAGAGGAACCCCUCAAGACAGCUGUCCUUCAAUAUUCCAGACCUUUGCCUUGCCUUUGCAUUGAGGGCUGGUCAUCUUUUAUUGAUGCCCCGAGAGUCCAGGUCUGCCCAUUCAAAGACCGUCAAGAUGAAUUGUGGUUUGGAAUCACCUUUGAUCCGCUGGAAGAGGCGUUGAUAUGGGAACCAGCUUGUCCCGUCGCAGCUGUGGCUUGUUUAUGUGAGAAACGAGAGGAUGGCGCCUGCGUGGAUCUGCCCGAUUCGUCACAGAAAGUCAGCAGACAGAAGAUCACAUUUGCUAAAGUGGAUCCCCACCCUCAACUGUGCAUGAAGUUUACGGUAGGCUCUCAGUCCUGGACCCAAUGCCCCUUUGCUGAUGGCAUCAAAGUCUGGGACGUGAUCGUGUCGAGGGAUCAUGGCCAUGAAGAACUGCAAAUUCUGUCGCGAGUUACGGCGAAGUUCUCCGUGGGGCCGUGGGGGACGUCUGCAGAAUCACCAGUGAACCAGACAACCUACGCGAUACUUGUAGACGUUGAGAAACAGAAACCUGUUGACUUACAGCUACGGGGGAAACAGUGCAAUUUUUGUCAGCAGGUGAAGAGGGUUGAUGUGAAGUAUGCUGCCACGGUCGUUCACUGCACCAAGCGCUGCAUGUCCAAAUCGUCUUCCCCGACUCCUCCUUAUGACUUGACACGGAUUAUUCUACCAGCUGCCGCUUGCCUCUCUGGCAUCAUCAUCGUCACUCUGGUGCUCUGGUUACUGCUUCGAGUUUAUCGCAGUAGAAAAGGAAGAACAGGCGUCUGCCUCUCCGAAAAAACAGACGCUAAUGUGUUUGAUGUACAGACUCAGCUCCCGGUCAGUCGGAGGGCCUUCACAACCAGCGAGGCGAAGAGCGGAAAUAACGAGAAGGCCAACUUACUCCUGAACUGACCCUGGAACGGCGCUUGGGUCUGAAGCACCGGUUGCACUGUGCAGUAUAACAGUUGUUACAAAAACGCCAAAGUUCUCCAUUGAAUCUAUUUGUGUUCCUUUUUCCAACAUUUCAUGUUUGUCAUUGUUAACAUGCUCAGUAGCUUGCUUGUUGUAGUUCUCUGCUGUUUUAUACCCAUAUGUAUCUAUUUUUGUGCUCUGCUGUUUGUUUUGGUGAAAACGAACUGAACAAUGUCUUAAGUUAAAACCGUCGAGAGGAAAUGCAUAUUUUUGUUUGUUCUUAUUUAAGAGUAUAUUUUCAAUAAAACAUUGAAAUG